GAGCUUUGUAAGCGCAUUCAUGCCGGCUUUAUUUGUAAAGAACAAGUGAUCCCAAGGACAAACCACUUAGACAUAAACCGAAACACAUCUUAUUACGACAUGGCUGAAAGAGCGUGGUUUCGGAUCAACCGUGAUCUCUUGGUUUACAAAGCUUUCUACUUCUUUUUCCUGAGUGGUUUCGGCUCUAUAUUUCCAUAUCUUCCUGUGUAUUUUCGUCAGAUUGGUCUGUCAGCUAGUCAGGUUGGUCUGCUCCUCGGUUUGCGGCCGAUUGUUCAAUUUGCCAGCGCUCCAUUCUGGGCCAUCAUGGCGGACAAAUACAGGAAACGGAAAUCCGUGUUGGUCAUGUCAGUUUUGUCUUGGCUUAUUAUGACAUUAACGUUAGCGUUUGUGGAGCCUACGAACGAAAUCUGUGAGAUUCGACAAGGCAAUGAUACACAUAACCAUGUUUAUAAUUACACCAGAGUUAAGACUGGGUUUUUUCGACGCGAACUUUUGUGGCAAAAAACUCACUUUGACGAGGCAAACGAAACAGAACUGAUCCGCCAAAGGGCCGUGGAUGUUGUACCUAUUUAUAUUGCAGGACAAAACAAGGGUCGCCUUGAAUCAAGUUUAAGGAACAAAUCACUCUCAGAUGCUAGCAAAAAUCAUGUGAAUCAAAGUAUGGUCGAGAGUACUACCCAAGGACUAAAACGGACUUUUGAUAAGCGAAACGACAGCUUUGUGUUUCAAAAACGUAACAAGCAGACCAGUGCUGAUCCAAAUAAUGGAAUAUUGUAUCUUAAAACAUUGACCUCCACUCGGGGUUUUACGGAGUCAAAAGACUUAGUAAACAAUACAGAGAUGUAUCGUCUUCACAGCGAGCGAAGUCCAAAGUCAAAAGCAAAACUGGUUCAUACGACUUCACAAACAACCACCAGCCAAAGGGUACUUACACAUUCAAUUAACUCAAAGCACCUUUGGCGUUUUGAUAAAUCAGGGAAUUUUCCAAGCAAGAACGAGAACAGAAACCGUACCUCGAAGAAUUUAUAUAAAAGCCCUGGGCAAUAUCAUUUCAAUACCAGCAUCAAUCAUAAAUAUAGAAAUAAAGAACCAGGUGAAAUCAACGGAUCAAUCCUCACGUCUAAUUUCCAGUCACCCGUAGGAAACAUGGGAAAGAAAAAUAACAAUUCAUCGACUGAUAAGAGAAGGCAAAAUAAACCUGAUGCACCCGUAGUUAUUGAAUUCUCUAGAAUUUUUAUCCCAUCCGGUAAAGACGCGAGUGAUGAUAGCUUCAGCAAUCAUGAAAACUCUAGCAAUGGAAAUAGGACCAAAUUUUUGCCGCACAAGACUAUUCACUCCACGCAACAUUUACAACAAGUAAGUGACAGCAUCUCUGAACCGUUGCUGAGUGAAGCAGGGCUUUCAAAUCGCAUCAACACCUCAGCAAACCAAGUUGAUAGAGCAAACAUAAAAGCAAUCAGCAACAGCCUAUUACAGUUGAAAGAUAAGCUAUCAAAGAUCAUGGGAGUUGAUUCCAAAACCACAACAACGGAAAAUGGCCAGCCCCUUGACACAAAGAAGAAAGGAAAUGAUACACGUUCUAGUAAUGAUUCUGUUGUCACGUCCUUCAACCGAUCUCCUACUCAAACACUCCAGAUUCGUGUUCAUCACAAAAACGUCUCAAACGAAAUCGAUAAACUUCAUCAAAGUCAGUCAGAGAAGUCAGACACAGAAGUUUUGAUUCAUACGGGAAUUUCAGUGUUAAAUUCAGUCAAUUACACUAAUAACUUAAUGCCUUCAAAUUUAAAUAGUCUGAACAAUACUGACGAGUUAAUGUCACCAGAUGAUUCUUUUAGUAGUUCUGGAGAUGCUUUGUUCACAUCCUCUUCUCUUGUAACAAAUGACAAUUUGACAUUGCAUGAUCUCCAAACUGAUAUGGAAGAGAGUAACCAAACUACUUUCAAAAAUAACUCUACCAUCAUCACUUUAAACAGCAAUUCCGAUUAUUCCUCAGAAAACAGGAUGAAAGAUUUCAGCAAAACCAUUCAAGCAGAAUUAAUGCAAAACACACCACAACCUGCCAGAAAUACACAGUCAAAACUGUGGAUGACUAAUUUACUUAAGACCAACUCCUCUGAAUUGAAGAGAAUUUUUACCAUUCUUCUUGUUCUAGUUGUUGUAGGAGAAUUUCUCGAGGCUCCGUCAACGACAUUAGCAGACGCUUCCCUGUUGGAACACCUUGGUGAAGAGCGACGGUACUACGGAAAACAACGGUUAUGGGGUUCGCUUGGAUUCGGGCUGUCUUCGUUCCUUGUCGGAGUGCUUUUGGAGAAGUCACGUCAUCUCGUUUGUGGUGAGCAAUACACAGAUUACAUGAUUUGUUUUUGUGUAUUUGCUCUCUUAAUGGUGAUGACAUUGUUUAUAUCCACGACGUUUAAAUUUCAAUACAAAGAAACUGAUGUUAAACAAACAAGUGUUUUAUCAGCUCUUUGUAAUAUUCACUAUGGUUCGUGUCUUAUGGCGGCAUGCUUCAUGGGAGUAGGUCAUGGAAUGUCCCAUAGUUUUCUGAACUGGUUUCUUGAAGAUCUUGGAGCAACUAAGACAUUAAUGGGUGUGGCAGUUAUUUGUCGCAGCUCUUUGGAUUUAUUAACAUUUUUCGUGGCUGGAAGUCUCAUCAAAGCCAUUGGACAGAUAAAAAUCAUGAUAGGAGCGCUGAUAUCAUAUGGAGUUGCAUUUACUAUGUACUCGCUGCUCACAAACCCAUGGUGGGUUUUACCAAUAGAGAUGUUGGUUGGAUGUACGUACGCUGCCUCAUGGUCGGCUUGCACUUCAUAUAUGGCGGGUGCAGCGUCCUCAGAAUCAGUCACAACUAUCCAAGGGAUUCUUCAAGGAGUUUACUGGGGACUGGGAACAGGUUCAGGUACAAUAACAGGCGGGUUUUUAAUCCAUCAUAUUGGAGCUGUGGCAACAUUCCGUUGUGUGGCUUGUGCCUCGUUUGUAGUUUGUAUUCUGUUUUGCCUGGCGCAGUGCAAGUUUACGCGAGAAUCAACCGAGUACUCUGAGAUGAAGUAUACUUACCUUCCUACAGUGGAAUCAAAAGACACCGAAGAACUGCUGAGAGGAUACAGAGUCUCAAAGACUUUAAAACACAAGCACAGCUCUAUGAGAAAACAUUAA